CAUGGAUUCCGCCGCCAUGAGCUCCAUGAGAGACGACGAGGACGACGACGAAUCCCUCCGCCUGCCUCUCCUCCUCAACCCUGCCUACGCCCGCACCAAAUCUACAAUCUCGGAUGAGCUCCGCAACUUCCGCCUCUGCCUCAAGUGGUGCCUCCUCGACCACUCCACAUCCACCGGUGCCGCCACCUCCUACGUCACCUUCGCUUUUCUCGCCGUCCUACUGCCCCCCGCCGUCUCCCUCUCUCUCAGUGGCCCCUCGGUCUCCCUCCACCAGCUCGUCCAGCUCCCCUCCUCUGCCCUCGCCGCCAUCGCCUUCUUCUCCCUCGCCGCCUCCUUCCGCCGCCAAACCGGCCUCCGUCAGUUCCUCCUCCUCGACGGCGCUCUCCGCGAUGACCCCGCCUGCGUGCGCCGCCGCUACGCCCGCUUACUAGACCGCGCCUUCCGCCGCCUCCUCUUCAUCCUCCUCCCCUGUUUCGCCGUCGAGGUCGCGCACAAGAUCCAAUUUUUCUCCGCCGCCUCCGUGCGCACCGCUCUCUGGUCCAGCCCAGCAGCGCUCGUGGCCACGCUCGCCUCCUGGGUGUACCGUACAGGGGUCUUCCUGCUCGUGUGCGUGCUUUUCCGGCUCACAUGCGAGCUCCAGACACUGAGGUUCGAGGGGCUGUACGAGAUGUUCGAGGAGGAGGGAAGCGGAGCAUCGCCGGAGAGAUGCGAAGCUCUACUGAAAGAGCACGCGAGGAUAAGGCGACAGCUGCUGGUGACGAGCCACCGGUACCGGAUUUUUAUCCUCGGUUGCCUGGUCACCAUCACGGUCAGCCAAUUGGGGGCGUUGUUGCUGGUUUUGGCGUCCAAGUCAGAGAAGAACUUUUUCAACUCCGGCGAUGUCGUGGUGUGCUCGGCGGUGCAAUUGAGUGGCAUGUUCAUGUGUUUGAUGGGCGCUGCAAAGAUCACCCACCGUGCUCAGCGAGUAGUCUCCGUUGCCAGCCGGUGGCACGCCGUCCUGUCCGCCAGUAGCGCCACCACUUCUCCGGCGAAGCAAUCGCCGUCAGCCACCGACUACGCUUCCGACUCGUCCAACCCCAAGAACGACGACUCGCCCGAGCCCUCCACCAAUCACCCAAUCGCUUCACAAGGAGGUCAUCAGAAAUCCACAUUCCAAGCUCGACAAGCUUUAGUGAUGUACUUGCAACACAAUGGCGGCGGAAUCACACUGUUCGGCUUCGCAUUGGACCGCGGGAUGCUGCACACGCUGUUUGCCUUCGAGACCACGCUCGUGCUCUGGAUCCUCAGCAAAGUCGUGGUUUUAUCUUAAUUAAGAAAUCAAUUUCUGUUUAAUUAAUCGACUAGUGAAGACUAAUUACACUCAUAAGCGAGGGAAACUUCCAUUUCAAUUCACAAUGUUUUCUAUAUUUUAUUUUCAAACUCUUUAUCAUUUCA